AUGGAGACCGUCGCGUCCCCGUGGCCCGCAACCAACGCGUCCAUGGACGCCGCCGCGAUUGCCGCGACCAUCAACCCUAACGUCAACGACACAUACCCCGCGGUGCUCGAUCCGAUCACGCAGCCGGCUCCCCCGCCGUAUGUGGCGCUGAAUCAGUUCAUGGAUCCCGCGGAUAUCGGCGCGGCGCUCGAUCAGAUCGACGCGCGCGCCGUGGCGUACUCGUCUACGCUUGAGGAUACGAGCCUGCCGGAGGAUGCGCCUGCUGAGGUGGCGAACUGGACCAACACGCUUGCGACUGAUCCCGGAUACGCCUCUUACCCUUACAAGAAGCCCCGGUUCCACCCGGUGUACGGGCUCGCCGUGAAGAAGCCCAACGGCAAGUGGUACACUUACAUCAACAACAACCUGUCGUGGCCGGGCGUCGAUGACUGGGCCACCGGCUUCAAGACCUGCCGUUUCACCCAGCCUGACCCCGUCUACGGGUUCAACUGCACUGAGGAUGCGACCUGCCCCGGAUGCCCCUACUGCCGCGCGCAGCAGUGCUUCUUCAACCGCCACUGGCCCACGUACCGCAACCCCCAGACUGAUGGCUCUAUCCCUGGGCAGAUGUACUGGCAGCGCCUUAUUGAUGCUGCCAUUAACCCGAAGAGCAUGUGGCGGGGGCGGAAGGCGCCUGCGGAAAAGCGCGCGGAGGAGGCGGAGGAAUCGGCGGAAAGCAGCGACGGGGAAACGGAAGCGAGUCGCGAAGCGGAGAGUGACGCGGACGACAGCGGAAGCGACGGGGGGAGUGACGGCGGAAGUGACGGCGGAAGUGACGGCGGAAGUGAAGGGAACGAGAUAGUAGACGGCGAGGCUAAGGGGAAACGACAGCGCGCGAGAGUGGCCCGGGACGAGGAACCGUCCAAUGGGAAGCGCGGGUCGGACGCCAGUGAUGCAGCUUCAUCAGCGGCACGUGGCAAGCCUUCCAGCCCCAGCGCGGCGCGGCUGCCUUGGCUGACGUGGCUUGCUCUGACUGGCUCGUACCUCGUAGCGCUAAUUCUUGCCUUCAGUGUUCUCCGCGCAACGCUCCCCGCGCAUGAAGACCCGCUCGGCCCGUGCAAAUUUCCGCCUUCCGCCAGUGCGGAAAAUAUUGGGACGACUUCCGCCAAUGCCUCCGCCAUUUCCGCCGCUGCUGGCGGGAGCCAACUGGCAAACGCGACGCGAUGGAAUAAUGCCACGUGUCCCGUUCCGUGGCACCCAGCCGUGGACGUGCUGACGUGGCGGUGGUCCCCGCUAGCGGCGGCUGCGGCCGUGCUAGGGUUCAUGGUAUGCGCGCUGCGCGCAUUGGGGAGCGGAUUGGCGGAACUCAGCGCGCUGGAGGAGCGCCUCCGCGCAUUAGAAGGCGGGACGGGCGGGCGCGGGGGAAGGCUGGGGGAAGGCGGGGCGGAGGGGGAAGAGGGCGGAAGCGGACGGGGGAGGGGUGCAGAGGGGAUUGGAGGGGUGCCAGGUUCGGAAGGAAGCUCGGAGGGAGGUUCGGACGGAAGGGCGGUGGUGACAGCUGGCAGCAAGCUGGCGGUAUCGGUGGGGCGAAGCUCUUUAUUGGGAAUUCUGGUGCAUGAGAUAAGAGCGCCGCUUAGAGGUAAGCAUGCUGGGACUGCUGCAGCUGCUCCUCUCCUCCUCCCUACACACACUCCCUCCUUCACACUCACUCUCUCCCUCUCCCUCUCUCCAGGCGUACUGGGUCUACUGCAGCUGCUGCUCUCCUCCUCCCUCGACGAAUCGCAGCACGACAUGCUGGCAGCCGUGCAGGCCACGGCGCGCCACGUCAUCCACGUCGCCAACAACGUCGUAGACAGCUGGCGCAUCGAGAACCGUCGGAUCGCCGCCGCCUCCUCCGCCGCUGCCUCCUCAACCGCCGCUGCGAUCUUCCGUGGGGAACGAGGGGGAGGGGGAGGCACGGGGGGAGGCGGGGGGGGAGGCAGGGCAGGGGCGGUGGAGAGAGGGAGUGUGGUGCGGUUGGGGUUAGAGAGUGCGGUGUUUGACCUGCGGUGUGUGGUUGAUGAGGUGGUGCUGCUGGUGGCGGGCGAGGCGCGGGAGAAAGGGGUCGAGCUAGCUGCACUUGUGAUGGACUCAGUUCCCACCGUGGUUGUGGGGGAUCCCCUCAGGCUGCGCCAGGUGGGUUACGGGUGGUGCUGGCUGGCUGCACUGGGGUUAGAGAGUGCGGUGUUUGACCUGCGGUGUGUGGUGGAUGAAGUGGUGCUGCUGGUGGCGGGCGAGGUGCGGGAGAAGGGCGUGGAGCUGGCAGCACUGGUCAUGGAUUCUGUUCCCACCGUGGUUGUGGGGGAUCCGCUCAGGCUGCGCCAGCGAGGCGAGGGAGAAGGGCGUGGAGUGGAGCUGGCAGCGCUGGUCAUGGACUCAGUUCCCACCGUGGUGGUGGGGGACCCGCUCAGGCUGCGCCAGGCUGCGGCACGUGGGUUUGUGGGUGGGGUUGCUGAGGGCGCUCUUCUCAUCUCACCUGCCUCUCCUCAGCAGGCGAGGCGAGGGAGAAGGGCGUGGAGUGGAGCUGAGCUGGCUGCACUGAUCCUGGCCAAUCUCAUGCCAGUUGCGAUCCUGGCCAAUCUCAUGGCAGUGGCGGUGCGACUUACCGACCGCGGGCACGUGUUUCUGGUGGUGCGCCUGGCGCCGGAUGACGAUGAGAUGCGGCGCAUGGCGGAUCCCAACUCCCCUGAUGACAUGGAAGCUCCCAGCCGUGAAGCCCAGGCAGUGGAAGCCGAGAGAAUCGCUCGAGGCCGGGCGAGCCAAGCCAAGGGGGAGAGCCUCACUUUGAGCGGGCGGGCAGCAGCGGACGGCAGCAACAGCUGGGAGAGCAUCUGCCGCAUGAUCCGCGAGCAGGAGGCACGGUUCCGGCGCCUCAUGGGGCCGCAGCAGCAGGGGGGAGUGGGGGAGGUGGGGAGGGCGGGUGGAGGGGGCGCUCGGGCGGGGAGUGGGGAGCGGGGUGGUGGUGCGGGAAGGGGAGGAGUGGGAGGAGGGGGAGGGGGAUCGGGUGCGGUGGGGAGUGGUGGUGGUGUGCGAGGGGGAGUCAGGCUGAUGUGCACGUUGGAGGACACGGGGGUGGGACUGCCAGACGCUGUGUUUGAUGCUCUGGAGAAGCCCUUUCAGCCGCUCUCCCUGCCGCUGCAGCAGCGCUACGCCGCCGUGCCCCUUCUUCUGAAUGUGGCCCAGAAUCUUGUUCAAGCCAUGCACGGUCAGCUGCUCGUCUACAGUCGCCCCGGAAUCGGCUCAACAUUCACGUUUGACCUCUCGCUCGCCCAGCCGCCCACCGGCCCAGCCUCUAGCCUGCUGCCACGUGUCUUCCAUGCUGGAUUCGGGCCAAUCCCGGACGAGCAGCAGGCGGAGAGCCUGGCGCUGAGAGGAAAGCUGAGGGGAUUGAGAUGCCUGGCAGUGGACGGUCGACCCGUGAGGCAGCAGGUGCUGGCCACGUGCAUGGCGCGCCUGGGUCUGAAGGUGGAUCUGUCAGACAGCGUCUCUGCUGCUUCCUUGGCUCUCAGACACGACGUCACCUCUCCUGCUGCCCCAGCUGCUGGUACUGGAAUGGCAGGAGCAGCCUCCCGCAAGAGCCGGUGGGAUGUGGUGGUGGUUGAUCUGGACAGUGACGGCCCCUCCACAGGCCUGGCGUUGGGCCGCAUGGUGCUGCAGCUGAGGGACCUGGAGGCACAGCACCGUGCCACUGAUCCGGUAGCCAUCACCCAAUCUCUUGCCUCGCUUGGGUGGGAGCAGCACUCCAACUUGCCUCUACUCGUGCUCGUGGCCAAGGACUCCAACGAGGCUCUGAGGGAGGAAGCACAGAAGCUGGGGUUUGCAGGCAUCAUGGUGAAACCGCUCAGGGCUGCUGAUAUGGCCACCACUCUGCUUGAAGCGCUCUCCUUCAACCCGCGGGACACCAGCGCCACGGCAGCAAGACGGCGCCAGAUUCUGCUGCGACUGUGCCUCAAGGGCAAGCACGUGAUGAUAGUGGAUCACAACUUUAUAAGCCGCAAGGCUGUGGCAGUCAUGCUCUCCCGCUUUGCUGACGUGGCGCUGGCUCUCGGCUCCGCUAGCGACGCCCUCGCCCGCCUGCACGCUGCCCCCUCUCUUGCACUCUCCCAGGGGCAAGGGCAGGGGGAGGGGCAGGGGGAAGGGCAGGGGCAGGCGCUGGGGCAGAUCCGUGGCUCGGAGUUUCACCUGGUGCUUGUCAACCUGCGCCUUGCUGACAUGUCCGGCUUUGCAUUCACACAAGCUAUAAGGCGCAUGGAGGAGCAGCGCUAUAACGAGGAUGUGGUGCGCAUGGGCAGUGCGGCGCAGCACUCGCACAUCCCCAUAGUGGGACUGGUCAACGACGCCCUGCCUGAACUCGUGGCCAAGUGGAAAGAGGCAGGUAUGGACGGAAUGCUCUCAAACCCCAUCGACGAGGCUCAGCUGCUUACUCUUGCUGAUCUACCCGCGCGGCCACGUCCGUUGUUUGGCGGUGGAAGAAGAAACGGAGCAAUGGACGUGGAGGAGGUGAUAGAAGUCGAGGAAGUUGUGACUAAAGUGAAGGGCAAGCAGUCGAAGGCGACAAAUGGCCGCCCAGUGACUGGAACGAACGGAACUCGAACGCGACAGGCGAAGGCGAUGAAUCGAUGCAGUGUGACUAAAUCGAAGGGAGAAAGCAAGAAUGUGAAGGAAGAGAUUGUGACUGAACCGAAGGGUCGCGGUAGCAGGCGCGCCAAGGCUGAGGAUGCUGCCGUCGAAGAGAAGGGCGCCGUGAAACGCGCGAAGGAAAAUGGUGUCGUGGGAGAAAAGGGUGGCGGCAAACGCUCAAAAGAGAGCACCGCGGUCGAGGAAAACGGCGUCGUGAAAAACGUAACGGAAAACGGCGUGGUGGGAGAAAAGGGCGGGGGCAAGCGUUCAAAGGAGACCACCGCGGUGGAAGAGAAAACAGGGACAAAGCGCGCCAAGGUGAACAAUGGCCGCAGCGUCAGCCGCGUGGAGGCUCCACGUCAGCCCAAGGCAGCGAAUGGGGGGAAUGGAAAACCUCCACGUCAGCCCAAGGAAGACGGGGCGAACGAAACGGCUUCAGAUCAGCUCAAGGGAACGGAAAAGGAGGCGAAGAAGGCGCCUGGGAAGGCGAGGAAGCGAGGCAAGGCGCCAAAGAUCGACGACGACAUGAUUCAAGUGAAGCAGGCUCCGCUCGCCGACUCAGGUGCGAUGCAGGCUCUGCUCGUGGAUUCAGAGGAAGCUGCGAUCGUGCUCACGCACCCGUCGGAUCCAGCAGCCGCGGCGGCGGCGGCGGAGAAGAAGGCGCCGGUGCGGCAGCUGCUGGACUUCGUGUUUCACGACGCGGACGGCGCGCUCAUGCCGCUCGACAACUUCGACGCGCUCGCGGCGCGCGGGGAGGGGCUCUUCGCGACAGGCGUCAUUCUUCCCGAGACCGCCGCGCUGCGCCAUAUGGAGGGUUACAGGUGCGAGGCGUUCGGGCCCAUCGACGGGUGGUACAUCGACGAUUACGAGAAGGCGAACACGGCGGCGCGCAUCAUGAUCACCACGGACGCUGCCACGUAUGUCUGCUGCCGCCCCGCCGCCAAGCAGAAGAAAGACUUCACUCCGCUGCAGGACAAGGCCAAUCUGUGCGUGGAGGUUUUCAGAGCCCUUUCCAAGCCGGACGGAGGCGACCCUACCAUUUCCCUCCCAGAGGUGGUGGCGCGCGUGUCGAGGGCGCUGGGGCGGCCGUGCAGGGACGAGCUAGUGGCGGCGCAUACAUUUGUGGCGCAGCAGCUGUGCGGGCUGGACGAGGACGCGGAUGAAGACGACCAGCUCUUCUCAGGGCUGCCUGCGCUAGAGUCUCUGAAAGAGGAGGGAGCCAAGCACGCAGCUGUCAGGAGCAUCGUGGAGGCCAGGCAAGCCAGCGCCAAGGAACACACGGGCAAGAAGCCAGCUGCUACAAACGGAGCCCUCGUUAUAAGAGACACCGCUGGCGGCAGCGGCAGCAGCAGCAGGGCCGGCGAGGGAGCAAGCGUGGGAAUUGAUGACGAGGAGUUGGCUAGGCUGGUGGCCGAAGAGGAGGAGAAGGACGCAGAGGCGAAGAGGGGAGGUGGACGGAGGAAGGGGACUGGGGGCGGUGGCAGGCAGGAGAGGUAUUUGAAGAUCAAUGAGAAGGAGCUGGCUGAUGACUACCCGCCCCCGAGAUACUACAAGAGCGUGGACGAGGAAACAGACGAGUUCCUGUUCGACGACCCACUCCUCACCGCUGUGCCCUUCUCUUCUCCCGCCCCAUUCCCCUUCCCCCACUCCCGCCCUUCCCCAUCUCCGCUGCCCUCAUGGCAACUGCUCUUCCAGAGCGUGGACGAGGAGACAGACGAGUUCCUCCUGUUCGACGAUGCCACCGCCCCGCUUUACCCCGACGACCUGCCGCGGCGCCGCCUGGACGACUGGGCGCUGUACGACGACCAGCUGCGCUUCGUGCCUCUUGAGCUGCUGCCCAUGCUGCCGGGGGUAGCCGCGGACUCCCUCGUGUUCGGCUCGGGUGUUAUGAUGGAGGACGAUGGCAGCGGCUUCAGCCUCGACGAUCUCACUGUUGAAUCCGCUGGUACUACUCGGGGAGACGGCGGUGCUGGUGCUGGUGGUUCUUCCUCAGGUGGUGCUGGUGCUUCAGGGAGUGGAUCCGGGUCAGGAUCUGAUCCCGCAGCAGCGGAUGGUGGUGAUGGUGGCGCCGGUGGUAUCCGGGUGUAUCUGAGCGCGAUCAAGGAGUGGAUGAUAGAAUUCGGGGCCGGGAUGCUUUUUGUUACCAUUCGAACCGAUGGGGCAUGGUACAGGCUCGGCCGCCCCUGUGCUGCCUAUGUCCCCUGGUACCGCCCAGUUCUGCGCACAGCCCAGCUGGCAAUCCGAGUCAUUGAAAUGCUGAGCGGCGAGUCCCGGGCGGCGCGCUUGUCUUUUCUGGACGUAGUGACGAAGCUGGCGCAGGAGCGGGUUGCAGAGGAGCAGCAGAAGAGCGGCAAGGCGCCGGCGCGUGGGGACUUAGCUAAGUGUUUUGCUGAAAUGGAGCGGUUUUUAGUGGUGCACGGGAAUAUCAUCCUGCAGCAGUUUAGAGAGUACCCAGUGGAGACAAUCCGCCGGAGCCCCUUCAUAAGCACGCUGCGAGAAAAGAUGGAGAUGCGAUCGCAUACCGAGCUAAAAGUUAGUAAGAAAAAGGCGGCGAUGAUUGUCGCAAGCAGAGGUAGCAAUGGGCGUGGUGGAGGUGACGGUGGGAGUGCGAGAAACGCCAAUCCUGCUGCGGCUUUAAGGCCGGAUGCUAGCAAGAGGAAGCCUAUGCGUGCUACCACGACUCAGCUGGUCCACAGGAUCUGGAAGGAGUAUUAUGAACGGUUCGGAUUGAAGCGGGAUGAAGUGGGGGCGGGUAAAGGGGGGAGUGAGGGAGAGGAGAAUGGGAAGGUGGAGGGUGAGGAGGUGGAGGAUGAGGAGGAAGGAGGUGAGUUGAAGGAUGGGGAUAGUGAGGAUGAGGAGGAGGUUGAGGAGGUAGUGGGUGCGGGGCAAACAACGGGGAGUAAAACGAAGGGGAUCAAAGCGAAGAGCGCAGAAACAGCUAAGGAGGCCGGUGCGACCGAUAAGGGAAAAGCAGCAGCUGCUGGUGGAACUGAGAAGGCAAAGGAGGUUGCUGCUGGUGCAACCAAGGCGAGAGCAGUCAAGGACUCCACCCAGGGCGUGACAUGGGUGGGCGCAAGCACAGGCCGCACAGAGGAAGACCACCCCGCGUACGCCGCAGCGUCAGUCUGGGGGUUAGAGGUCAAGGCAGGGGUUGUGGUGCUGGCGGCUGUGGCGGAGGGCGAGGAUGAGGGGGACGAGGGGCGGUGGAGGGAGGAGGAGGAGAGGUUGGUUCUGGUGGAGUAUAUGUGGGAUGAGGGGGGCGUGGGGGGUGGUGCGGGCAGGAGGAGGAGGGGCGAGGGGAUGAAGGCGCAUGGGCGGGUGAUGGUGAGGGGGAGUGAGACGGUGCUGGGGAAUGCGGCGGAUGAGUGGGAGCUGUUUGUGUCGGAGCACUGCGUUGACUUCCCCCUCACUGCCAUCCGUGAGCUGGCUGCAGUGACACAUCGCAAGCAGCCGUGGGGGGCAGAGCACAGGCUGAGGAACAUGGAGGAGCACGAGAGGGAGAGGGAGCGAUUAGAGAAGCUUUUCAAAGAAACCGGGCAGCGCUCCUUCUUCUACCGCCUCCUCUACAACCCCUCCCGCGGUGGCUUUUUUGACCUGCCCAAGAGCCUGGGCAGCGGAACGGGCAGGUGUUGCUCGUGUGACGAGGACACGGGGAGGGAUAGGAUGAUGGAAGUGCGGAGGCUGGGGGAUGGGAAGGAGGGAUUUGCUUACUUAGGGAAGGAUUUUCAGGUUCAGGACUUUGUGUUCUUGCAUCCGGCAGCAGUGGGGGAGGAGAGCGAGGGGAAGAAGGUCAAGAUAGCGAAAGGAGGGCGAAACAUUGGGCUGCGGGCAUGGCCUAUCGGGCAGAUCGAAAAGUUUGUAGCUCCGACCGGUGGGGCAAAGGAGGUGCCUGAGAAGAUGGUGGUGAGGAGGUUCUUCCGCCCUGAAGAUGUCCCAAAUGAGGGCGAUGAGAUCGCGUAUACGGCACAUAUCAGAGAGGUGUACUACAGUGAAACCCUAGUUACUGUAGACGUUAUGGACGUGAUCGGCAAGUGCUGCGUGCAGCGGGGUAAACCCACUGCAGCAGCAGCGGCAGCGGCAGGAACAGAGGCGGAUCACUCGGGCUUUAACAUCGGGGGGUGUCUGGAGGAGGAGCUGAUGGGCGGUGACUUUGUCUUCUUCUGCGACCGCCUCUUUAAAGAUGGUUCCGUCCGGAUGUUGCCCCCUGGGAUUCGCUUCGGCCCUUCUUCAGCAGCAGCAGCAGCAUCACCAACCAAGGACAAGGGCAAGGGCAAGGGCAAGAGUGUUGCUGCAGGCGAUGAUGCUGAUGCAGAAGCUGCAGCAGAGGCAGCAGCGGCAGCUAGAGCAAGGGCGAAGGGCAAGGGGAAAGCAGCUGCAGAGGAGCCAGACGAACCCACCAGCAAGGCUGCAGCUAAGGCGGACAGACAGCAGGGAAAGCAGGAGAAGCAGGAGGAGAAGGAGAAUCAGGGGAAGCACGAGGAAGGGCAGAAAGGGGCGGGAAAAAACAGCAAGGGCGGUGCUGGUGUGCUGCGGACGCUGGAUAUAUUCGCAGGGUGUGGCGGGCUGUCAGAGGGGCUGCAGCGGUCGGGGGCGUGUGAGACGCGGUGGGCCAUCGAGUACGAGCACCCGGCUGCUGAGGCGUUUCAGAAGAACCACCCCGAGGCUGCUGUCAUCUGCGCCAACUGCAAUGUCGUGCUCAGGUGGGUGUGGUUAAGGGUGAGCGGGGCAAACAGAACAACCACCCCGAGGCUGCUGUCAUCUGUGCCAACUGCAACGUGGUGCUCAGGUGAGCUGGUGGGGUUAUGCUGCUUGGCCGGUUCAGUGCUGGUGGUGGGCGGGUGUGCUGCUGAGGCGUUUCAGAAGAACCACCCGGAGGCCGCCGUCAUCUGUGCCAACUGUAAGCAGGCAGGGCAGCUGGGCGACUGUGUGUCAACGCCAGAGGCAGACGAGGCAGCAGCGAAGAUGGCCGAGGCAGAAAAGGGCAAGCUGCCGCUGCCCGGCCAAGUGGACUUUGUCAAUGGGGGCCCGCCCUGCCAGGUGAGUGGGGCUCGCAGAGGCACUUAUUCAGGUGCGGACUGUGCGGGCUUUUCCGGCAUGAAUCGCUUCAACCAGAAUCCAUGGAGCAAGGUGCAGUGCGAGAUGAUCCUCGCCUUCCUCUCCUUCGCUGAUUUCCUCCGCCCCAACUACUUCCUCCUCGAAAACGUGCGCAACUUCGUCUCCUUCAACGGCGCCCGCACCUUCCGCUUGGCCUUGAGGACCCUGCUGGCCAUGGGCUAUCAGGUCCGCUUUGGGGUCCUACAAGCGGGCAACUUCGGCAUAUCCCAGUCGCGCACGAGAGCGUUCAUCUGGGCGGCAGCGCCGGGCCACGUGCUCCCCGAGUGGCCCCAGCCUCUGCACGUCUUCGCCUCCUCCCAACUCUCUGUUCCCCUCACCACCCCCGCUGCUGCUAAUGGCGCUGCUGGUGGUGCUGCUGGUGGCGCGGCUAGUAUUGGUCAGUUCAGCACGGCUAGCUCGCUGGCCAAUGAGGCGUGUCCACGUGGCCCUGCGGUGGGGGCGCCGUUGCGGUCGAUCACAGUGCGGGAUGCAAUGGGAGAUUUGCCGCAGAUUGAAAACGGGGCGGAGGAGGAGGAGAUGGAGUAUUCGUCCGAGCCCUCCUCGUGGUUCCAGAGGAGCAUCAGAGCCCAGCAAGCCAGGCUACUGGACCACACGUGCAAGCGCAUGAACGAACUCAACCUCAAACGCUGCCAACACAUCCCCAGGCGCCCAGGGGCGGACUGGCGGGAUCUGCCGGAUAUCAAGGUGCGGCUGUCAGAUGGGCGCGAGGCAGACCUGGUCCCGUGGUGUCUGCCCAACACCAUGGAGCGCCACAACAACUGGAAGGGGCUGUUUGGGCGGCUGGACUGGGCGGGCAACUUCCCCACAUCCGUGACGGACCCCCAGCCCAUGGGGAAAGUGGGCAUGUGCUUUCACCCCGAGCAGGACCGCAUUGUCAGCGUCAGAGAGUGCGCGAGAUCGCAGGGCUUCCCCGACUGGUACCGCUUUGCUGGAAACAUUCAGGCCAAGCAUCGCCAGAUCGGCAACGCUGUCCCUCCGCCUCUCGCCCUGGCUCUGGGCUUGCAGCUGAGGAAGGCUCUCCUGGAAACGAAAAAGAUGGAUGGAGCACAGGUGGAGGGAGAGGGUAAUGAUAAGGCAAAGUAA